AUGGGCCAGUCCCCUUCCAAAAAUGCAAACUCGACCUCCUCUCUGACAACUACUAACGGCCAGGCCUCUGGGGCCGGUCUAGGCGUCAUAUCCGACGAGGGAGGCGACGACCCCAGUAGUAGUGGGUGUAGUGGCACGAGCGCCCACAACAAGACACCUCACCACCAAAAGAGCUCAUCAUCCUCAACUCGACCCCCGACUGGACGAAGCCGCUCGUCCAAGUCCUCGACUGGAGGCUCUCGCAAGGAGCGAACCUCCAUGUCCUUUGAUCACGACUUUUCCAUCGACAACGCUUCUGCAGCCGACUUCAUGAGCAAACCCAAGCGAAGAGUAUCGUCAGGGGCUUCGAAGUCCGCCAAGACUGAUAUGCGACAUGACCCCACAGGUUCCGAGCGUAAGUCUCGCAGAGACAAGGCAGAGGAAGCAGGGCUCGUAGCAGCCAUGGGCGAGGUGGUCAUUUCCCGACCUCAUGACUCGCAGUCAUCGUCGGACACGGAUAACGCCUCACUUGCCUCCACCAAUUCUGAGGGCUCGACUUCGUCACUCACCGCACCAGUUGCUCCCAUUCAAAACUCAAACUCUGAACCUGGCACAGCCCCCGGAGCACAUACCGAACCCAUUUCGAUACCAGGUAAUAAUGACUCCUUAGCGCACUCGAAGUUCCUUUCUGCCAAAAGAACUCCCGCCACCACCCUCCCCCCUCCAGGCUCGUCGGGCCCUGUCGCCACUCCUGUCAUUGCUGUUUCUCACCACGACAACAACGGAUCACUCACCUCGAAUGUAACCUCCGAGGGAUCUCUUUCCGCCAUUUCUAUUGCGUCUUCCUCGGCCACCUCGAACGCAUCCCCCGAGAACGCUGACAAGUCCAAAAUGAGCCCCCAGUCUUCUCAGUCUUCCUCCUCUUCCGAAGAGGAUCUUUCCGAUCUCUCCGGCCUCAAGUCUCCCAUUCCCACCACCCACAUUGGCUCCUCUCGAGCUAACGCCGUGGCUCUGUCCUCCAAGCCCUCUGCUUCAACCCCCCAGCGUGUCGACCUUCCUGCUGGCUACCAGUCGUCAUUGAGUGUGUCUGUUGAUAGUGUCACCGGAUCCCCCGCACGAAACAUCAAGAACCCUAAAAUUGAGCCUGCUGUGUCGGGAGCUUCGGUUGCGUCCACAGCCUCCAGCAAGAAGGCUACCAAGAAACAGCCUUUGCCCUUUGAUGUCAACGAUUUCAUCAAGCGACUUCUCGAUGCUGGAGGAAAAUCUGGAGGAGCUGCCCCCGUGCCCCUGCGACCAAACGAGAUUGUCCAGCUCUGUGCUGCGGCUCGAACCGUGUUCAUGAGCCAGCCUGUUCUGCUGGAGCUCGGUACACCCGUCAAGGUUGUCGGAGAUAUCCAUGGUCAGUUUGGAGACCUUAUUCGAAUCUUUCAAAUGUCUGGUUUCCCUCCAAAGACCAACUACCUAUUCCUUGGUGACUACGUUGAUCGAGGACGACAGUCUCUGGAGACCAUCCUUCUGCUCUUCUGCUUCAAGGUCAAAUACCCCGAGAACUUCUUCAUGCUGCGAGGUAACCAUGAGUGUGCCUCCAUCACCAAGGUUUAUGGUUUCUACGACGAAUGCAAGCGUCGAGCUACGACCAAGAUUUGGAAGUCGUUUGUCGAUACGUUCAACACGCUUCCUAUUGCGGCUACUAUCGGCGGCAAGAUAUUUUGUGUUCAUGGUGGUCUGUCUCCUUACCUCAACUCCAUGGACGACAUCCGAAAGAUCACUCGACCCACCAACGUCCCUGAUGUUGGUCUCUUGUCUGAUCUCUUGUGGUCUGACCCUGAGAGGUCUAUCAUGGAGUGGAGCGAGAACGACCGCGGUGUGUCGUAUUGCUUUGGACGAUCUGUUGUCAACAAAUUCUGCACAAAGUUCAAAUUUGAUUUAGUGUGCCGAGCUCACAUGGUUGUGCAGGACGGAUACGAGUUCUUCAACAAGCGAAAGCUUGUCACCGUGUUCUCCGCUCCCAACUAUUGUGGAGAGUUCGACAACUGGGGAGCUGUCAUGUGCGUGUCCAAGCAGCUCCUUUGUUCUUUUGAGCUACUGAAGCCCAUGGACUCCGCCUCUAUCAAGGAUGCCGUACGAAGGGGCAUCAAAAAGACUCAAAAGGUCAAGCUUGGUGAGUCUUAG